GUAGGCCGAUCCUGGUGGAUUGCAUCCAGCAGGGAAAUGGUCGUGCUUUCGGUGCCCGCCGAAGUCACCGUGAUCCUGUUAGAUAUCGAAGGUACCACAACCCCGAUUGCUUUCGUGAAGGACAUUUUAUUUCCUUACAUCAAAGAAAACGUUAAGGAGUACCUGCAGACACAUUGGGGAGAAGAGGAGUGCCAGCAGGAUGUCUAUCUUUUGAGGAAACAGGCUGAAGAGGAUGCUCACCUGGAUGGGGCUGUUCCGAUCCCUGCGGCAUGUGGGAAUGGCGCGGAUGACCUGCAGGUGAUCCAAGCUGUGGUAGAUAACGUGUGCUGGCAGAUGUCCCUGGACCGAAAGACCACGGCGCUCAAGCAGCUGCAGGGCCACAUGUGGAGGGCUGCGUUCACCGCGGGGCGCAUGAAAGCAGAGUUCUUUGCAGAUGUAGUUCCAGCAGUCAGGAAGUGGAGAGAGGCUGGAAUGAAGGUGUAUAUCUAUUCCUCAGGGAGUGUGGAAGCCCAGAAACUGUUAUUUGGACAUUCUACAGAGGGAGAUAUUCUUGACCUUAUUGAUGGUCACUUUGAUACCAAGAUUGGGCACAAAGUGGAGAGUGAGAGUUACCGAAAGAUCGCAGACAGCAUUGGGUGCUCGCCCAACAACAUCUUGUUUCUGACAGAUGUUACCUUAGAGGCCAGUGCUGCUGAGGAAGCAGACGUGCAUGUAGCCGUGGUGGUGAGACCCGGCAAUGCGGGGCUGACAGACGACGAGAAGACUUACUACAGCCUCAUCACCUCCUUCAGUGAACUGUACCUGCCUUCCUCAGCCUAGAGGAGGAUUUCUAAGGACCAGACUUCCUUAUAGAGUGUCCCCUGUAGCAUCUUCUUUUAUUCUAAUGGUGAAAGGAACUUACUUUAAAAAUAUACAUACACACCUACACACACACACACACACACACACACACACAUGCAAGUAUGUAUGUGUGUGUGCAAAUUAACCUCCACACAUACAUAAAAUGGAAAAAAGAUUCAAUUUAGUGAAAAUGAAACUUAUUUAAAGAUGCUUUAUAUGUAGAAGUUUUUUGAAACCAUCAUUCUAACCUUAGGGCAAAGUGAAGCCGACAGAAGUAAUUGCUAAAAUACAGAGCCCGUGUGCUAUGCUUAUUAAGUCUUAUAACAAAAUGAGUUUUUGAGAAAUUAUUCAGAAGCUUUGUUAUUUUAAAAACUAGAAAUAUUUCAAAGACUUAUUCCUAAUAAUAAUUCAUUGCCUCAGUUUAAUCGUGAAUUUGAUUGUGAUUUUAGGAAGUUAUAAUAGGUGCAGUUCAUAUUUGCCUAUCUAUAUACAUACAGAAGACAAAGGUAUUUGUUUCUGCUCCUAAAGAGAGCAAAUUUGGGAAAGAAAACAUAUUUGAUUCCUAAUCAAUCAAAGUAAGAAGAAACUUACUACUCAAUGUGGUACCCACAGCAGGUAGUUGCCUUACCAAUGAAAAAGGUGCAUUGAUGUAACAGCUAAAAUAUAGACAAGGUUUUCGAUGUUUAACAAAACAUUAAAACACUAGUCUUAAUCCUUCCAGUUGUUAUCGUUAUAGAUUUUAUAGUUACCUAGCUAACUAUUUCUUAGCACAGUUUGAGAAUAUAUGUUAAUUGCUAUUUACUAUUUUACUGAAACCAGUUCAUAAGAUCAAGAACAGCCCCUAACAUGUAAUAUUUUCCUCUGAAUAGAUGUAAGAAAUGUAAAUUUUAUAACACAUUAUUUAUCCUGAUUCAGUUCUAAUAAGAGGCUAUGUCAAUCUCAUGUUGUGAUUAAUAAAAGCAUUUUCUUCUGUGCAUGGUUUUA